CUAAUGCGUCUUCCAUUUGAGACACCGAAGCGCUUCCUUCAUCGUUCACAGUUCACAGCUUAAUUUCUGAAAUUUGAGUUAAAACCUGAUGCUGAAAUUCUUCAGUACCACCGCUCUUGUUUCCAGCAAUGGCAACAUUAAGCUGCUAUUGACUAAACCAUUUUCAAUUUCAUUAUUCUCUCUCAAUUUCAAAUUCUGUUCCACUUCCACCUUCGACCCACACGCAUUCACAGUUUCUUACCUCAUCGACACUUGUGGUUUCUCCCCAGAAACCGCUUCCAAUGUUUCUCAAAAGAUCACUCUCACCAACACCCAAAAGCCCGAUUCUGUUCUCGACUUCUUCAGAACCUUCGGCUUCUCCAACUCUCAAUUACGCGAUAUCCUCAGAAGGGAAAUAGGGUUACUCUCUUGCGACCCCAAAAAGGUAGUUUUACCAAAGUUUCAAUUUUUACUUUCAAAAGGUGCUUCUAACUCUGAUAUUGUUCGCAUUGUUACUGCUAGCCCUAGAUUACUCAAAAGAAGUUUAGAAAAUCAUAUAAUCCCUGCAUAUGAAUCUGCCAGAGAGAUUCUCCAAUCUGAUAAACAAACCAUUGCUUCUGUUAAACGUUUUUGUUACCUUUGUCAAGAUGGUGUUGAAAGUAAUAUCAAAUUGAUGCUUGAUAAUGGAGUUUCUCACUCAAAUAUAGCUAGGUUGUUUAAUUGGUGGCCUAGUAUAUUUUGUUCAUCUGAUUUGUUGAUAACUAUUGAGGAAUUGAAGGAACUAGGUUUCAAUUCUACAACUUCGGCUUAUAGUUCAGCAUUUCUUGCCAAGAGAACUGUUACUAAAGACAAGUGGGCUGAGAAAGUUGAAACCUUUAAGAAAUGGGGUUGGUCUGAUGAACAAAUUAUUCGCACGUUUAGAAAGCAGCCUUUCAUUAUGCUCGUGUCGCGUCAUAAAGUCAAUGCUAUCAUGAGUUUUUGGGUUUAUCAUUUAGGUUUUGAUUCUUUGGACAUUGUCAAAUGUCCUGCAAUUCUUCAACUCAGUCUCGAGAAGAGGAUUAUUCCUAGGGCUUCGGUUGUGCAGUUUCUUGCUUCAAAAGGCCUGCGACGAAAGGGUGCAAGUAAAUACACACCGUAUCUUCUAUCUGAGAAGUUGUUCCGGAACAAGUUUGUGAAAGGUUUUGAGGAGCAUUCUUCUUAUUUGUUAAAGCUUUAUGAGGAAAAAAUUAGUGUUGCAGAUAGCAGUCAGGAACGGCCUUCAGCUGGUGUAAACCAUCUUGAUCAAAUUUUGUCGGUCGUUUCAAUGCUGAUUCGAAAACUCCACAGUGCCACCCACAAACCCCUCAAAGCUAUGCUCUUCACAAAACCUUCUCUUCUAUUCAAACUUCAACAACUCCAACGCUAUCCAUCAAUUUCAUUUUUCAAUUUCUUCUGCACUUCCACCUUCGAUCCACAAUCUUUCACCGUCUCUUACCUCAUCAACAAUUGUGGCUUCUCCCCUCAAACCGCACUCAAAGCUUCCCAAAAAAUUACUCUCCACAACUCCCAAAAGCCCGAUUCAGUUCUCCACUUCCUCAAAACCCACGGUUACUCCAACUCUCAAAUACAUGAUAUCCUCAGAAGGGAACUAUGGAUACUCUCUUGCGACCCCAAUAAGGUAAUUUUACCAAAGUUUCAAUUUUUUCUUUCAAAAGGUGUUUCUUCCUCUGAAAUUGCUCACAUGGUGAUUGUUAGCCCUAGAAUCCUCAGAAGAAGUUUGCAAACUCAUAUAAUCCCUACUUUUGAAUUUGUAAGAACCUUCCUUGAAUCUGAUAAACAAACCAUUGCCUGUAUGAAUCGUUUUCGUUUUGUUUGUUCUGAUCGUGUGAUUAAUAAUGUGAAAAUGUUGAUUGAUGGUGGAAUGUCCAAAUCCAAAAUUGCUAUGUUGUUUCGUAUUUGGCCUAGGAUAUAUUGCUCUUCCACCCUGAUGAAGACUGUUGAGGAAUUGAAACAAUUGGGUUUCAAUACUUCAACUGCUUCUUUUGGGGUGGCAUUGCUUGCCAAGAUAAGUGUCACCAAAACCAAGUGGGCUGAGAAAGUUGAAACCUUUAAGAAAUGGGGUUGGUCUGAUCAACAUAUUAUUUAUGCUUUUAAGAAGCAACCUUUCUGUAUGUUAUCAUCCACUCAUAAAAUCAAUGCAGUCAUGAGUUUUUGGGUUGAUAGCUUAGGUUGGGAUUCUUUGGACCUUGUCAGUGCUCCUGUAGUUAUUCAAUGCAGUCUUGAGAAGAGGGUUAUUCCAAGGGCUGCAGUUCUGCAGUUCCUUGUAUCUAAAGGUUUGAGAAAAAAGGAUGCGGCGUUAUCGGAACCAUUUUCUAUUCCAGAGAAGUUGUUUCUGAAGAAGUUUGUGACAUGUUUUAAAGACGAUUCUUCUCAUCUGUUGAAGCUGUAUGAGGAAAAAAUGAAUCUUGCAAAUAACAUGGAGAAGUCUUCAUCAAGUCUUCAGAUUCACAAUUUGAAUCUCUAUUUGAUAACUAUGAUUGGGAGUGUGCAACUUGCAUGAAAGUUUUGGACAAUUUUGGGAAAAAGUGGUCAAUGUGGCCAAAUUGUGGUUUGUUAUAUAGUUUGACAGGAGGCUGUCACAUAGUGCAAUUUUAUGGCGAAACAACAAUGUUAAUGUUUUAGAGUAGGAUCUGUGGAGAAUGAUCCUAAGAUAUGCAAUGAUAUGUAGUGGUCUAUUCUCAA